AAACAUGGAGAUCGGUAUGAAGGUCUCUCUGGAGGGUCUGCGCCCCACUAUUCCUCCAGGGAUAUCUCCGCACAUCUGUAAACUCAUGAAGAUCUGUAUGAAUGAAGAUCCUGCCAAAAGACCCAAGUUUGAUAUGAUUGUGCCCAUCCUGGAGAAGAUGCAAGACAAGUAACCUGCUGCCAUAGUGCCUUGUCCCACCACAUGCACCGAGAGGACCCAUCUCACAGCUAUGGAAGCCAAACGUGGACACCACCACGCAGACUGUCACCUCCCCCGCCCAAUGCUUCCUCUACCUGAUCCACAACAAGUGCCUUCUGAGGACCUGUGGUCGUGACCCUGUACGGCAGUGACACAGAAGACAAAACCUUCAUGGAGAAUGUCAUACGUGGUCUCCACUGCUCCCCCAGAGACCCCUGCCAGUGGAGCGAAUAAUGGCGGUUAUCAGAAUGUGAUCGACUGCUAUAGCCUGGAUCUGCUGGUUGGAGCUGUUCAGGGUGUAAUAGUGGUGGGGGCCCACAUGGGCCUUAGUCAGCGGCUGGGGGCUACAUGAGCCUUAGUCAGCACGGUACAUAACAGCAGUUUCUGUAGCAUAUUCUGACUGGAUGAUGCAGUUUUCCAAAUCUUCAGUGUGGCCCCCAACAGAGACCAAGGGUCCUUUGUGUGACCCCCCCCCCCCCUCCCCCCCAGUUCUGUGUGAUCCUUUGGAUCAGUAAUUUAUUUGAUCUGAUCAUGGGGGUGGGGAGUUCUGUUCUUGGCUCUGGCUUGGUGGGUGUCAGCCGCGGGAUGUGUAGAUGGACUCUUUUCUUCUCUCAGGACAUUGCUGGGAACGGUCCUUGAUAUUUCAUUGUGUAGAGGCCGUGUGUGGGGACAGAGGCCUUACUUAUGUUACAAGCGGCAUGAAGCUCCGCCACUGCUCUGCAUGUUCUGCCCCUGGGAUCGGGGGCUUUACUGUGUGCCUUGGGGCAGUGCACUGUUAUUAAGCCCCUUUAUUUCAUACAUUGCUGCUGCACAUCUGUAUACUGUCUGCUCUGCCAUGUAUAAGUGUAUAUAAUAUAUAUAUAUCACUGCGUUCUCACAUAACAUGUAUUAUAACUUGUAGGCGGAGGAGGGCUGGUGCUUGGAUCUCCUCGCCUCUUCUUACCUUCUGCCCGUGUGCAGUAGAGAAAUGUAUUUUUUUAUAUAUAUUAAAUUAACCAUGCUCACCCUGUGAUAGCUUAAUAAAUAUUCUACAACACC